AUGAUUGUAUUUAUUUUCUUAUUGUGCGUCUGCCACGUGGGAUCGUCUGUGCCCCUAAAUGCCAAGCCUGCCCCUCCGUUGGAAUCACCUCACCUAUCCCCUCGGGCCCCUGCUGCCCCUGCAGAGCCAUCUCAGGGACAAGCACAGGCGUCUCUGGCUCCUAUUGUGGAGCAGCCUCAGCCGUCCUCACAGCCAAUGCCCAGUCCCCAGCUCCUGCCUCCAAUGCAACAAUACCCCUGGUCUUCACUAGGGGGCGCACCACUGAUUUUCCCUCUACAUCCUAACAUGGUUGGACCUCAGCCAGCUGCAAAUCAACCUGGAAUGCCCAUGCAGCCGAUGGUCUUCCCACCAUUUGGAUACCUGCCAAUGUUCCCUCCAUAUACCAACCAGAUGCUCUCUCCAUACAGGCUCCAUGAAGCCCCUCUCCCACAAGCACCAGCCAAUCCGGCGCCUAAUGCAUUACCUGCUCAAACGGCCCUCACAGCGGCCCCCUUAGGAGAAGUGCUGCAGACGCAACAACAACAACAACAAAUACUGCAACCACAGCAGCAGCAGCAGCAGCAGAAUCCUCAAGUUAUCUACAUGAUGCAGCAGCCAAUGAACACACAACUUGGCGGCCUUAGCUCGGAGGAGCUCCAGAUCGCUGCUAAAAUGAGCCAGCUGGGCAUGUACACUGUUGUGAAUACCGCUGGUGCAGGGGUGCAGCCUCUGACUCAGGCAGCAGGCACUGGCCCCCAGGUGAGAGCAGACCUGGGGGUCAUGCCUGCAGGUGUCCAGAAGAUGCAGGGACCCAGAGGCUCUGGAGGAACGCCCUGCUCAAACAACCCGCAGUCCACAGGAGUAGAGCUCGCCCUCCACUUCUCACACUUCUCCUCUGCAAGCCAUCUGUGCUCCAGCGCUCGCCAAGGAACGGUCAAAAUGAAGCCCAUCCUUGUGGUCAUUUUAUUUCUUGGAACAGUCUUUUGUUUCCCACUUGAUAUGUAUGUGGAAUAUGACAUUCACCAUGCUCCUGCUGAGGCGGCAGCAGCCAUCCCUGCAGGGGUACCCGCUGGCAGUCUGGAAGUGCUCCUGCCUUUGAAUGCUCCGGCUGGAGCUCCAGUACGUGGCUUCAUUAAACAGGACAUCCCACAGCCAAAUGGAAAAGAUAAAGAGGUGUUCUAUCCAUUUGGAUUUGAUGCUCCAGCUCCUGCUGCAGCUGCAGCAGCUGCUCCUUUGCAGCUGCUCCAGCAGCAAAGAGAAGUGAUGAAGAGGAGGAGGAGGAAGAAGAUUAAACCCCUCAUCAGAACAGGAAUAAAAAGGAAAACAUUAAAGAAAAUAUUGGACCAUUCCCUCAGAAGCCGUUGA